AUGAUUACUUCGGUGCCUAUGGAUUACUCUUUAUAUUUGCAAGCUGAUAUUUUAAUGCUUUUAUUCGAAGUUAUAUUUUCAGAAUGCUACUUAUAUGAAGGCGUGCUUAAUUCUUCAGCUUGUUCUUGGAGUUUUUACGGUUUCACUAACUCCCCCCCCUCCGUGAGUGAACAAAACCAUUAGAAAAAUCGCUUUUUUUUGAACAAAAAUUUUUUUAAUAGAACAAAUUUUUUAUGGAAAAAAAAAUUUGAUAUAUAAAUGAUAAUUAGUAUAAUGAAAUCUAGAGCUAAAUCUGCUUAAUUUUAAACGAAUUGCUUUUUAAAACAUAAAUUUUAUAAAUUAAAUUAAUAUUUGCUUUCCAAUUUUUGCGAAUUAGGAUUUUUUUUAAUUUCGAAAAAAACAUUUUUUAUAAAAUUUAUAUAUAAAUUUGUUUAAAAAAAAAAACCAUUAACCCCCUUCCGUGAGUGAACAAAAUUUUUUUGUUCACUCACGGAGGGGGGAGUAAGCAUUUGUUUUUUAGUAUUUGCUAUCCUGAUAUAUUGAGCAAAAGUUAUUUUAUGCAUAACCUUUCUAUAGCCAAGUUUUAG